AUGGAAAAAUUAAAAUGUUGUGUGCAAACAUAUGCAUGGGGUAAAAAAGGUAUGGCAAGUGAGGUAGCCCGAAUUUAUGCUACCGGAAAUCUCGAUGCAACCAUUGAUAGUAGAACCUCAUAUGCUGAGUUAUGGAUGGGUACACAUCCCGAUGGACCAUGUCAAAUUCAACGAUCUCAGAAAAAACUUUCCCAACACAUUGCUGAAUGCGAAGACAGUAGCACUGAAAGGCAUCUUCCAUUCAUUAUGAAAUUAAUGAGCAUACAGCAUAAUUUAUCCAUACAGGUUCAUCCUACAAAGGAACAAGCAGUACAACUAAAUGAUCGUGAUCCAAUUCAUUAUCCUGAUCGGAAUCAUAAACCAGAACUUGCUUAUGCGCUUACUCGAUUUGAAUUGUUGUGCGGUUUUCGACCUGCUGACCAAAUUUGUGCAAAUUUUGAAGCUUUCCCAGAAUUAAGAUAUUUAAUGGGUGAGGAUACGUCGCAGGCAUUUCAAAUAUUUGCAAGAGCCGGAGUUGAUGGAGAAUGUGAAACACUGAAAUCUGCCCUGGCUGUAUGCUUCAAAAAAUUAAUGAAACAUUCUAAAGAUAACGCCGAUGAAGUGAAAACAUUACUCGACUCUGUCCUUAAAAAACUCGUUUGUGGAAUACGUGGAUCUCUUGGCGAAGAGACGGUGGCAGUAAUUCAGAAAAUGUCAAAAGAUUUUCCGGGUGAUAUUGGUUGUUUUAUACCGCUCCUUCUGAAUCACAUCAUCUUAUCACCCGGAGAAUGUUGUUACUAUGGCGCUCAAGAACUUCAUGUUUAUCUUUCCGGAGAGUGUAUAGAAUGUGUUGGCUGUUCAAACAACACAAUUCGAGCGGCAUGCACAUCAAAAUUUAUCGAUAUCGAUACCUUAUGUGAAGUUCUAAACUACCGAAUGACCGAUCCGUCGUAUUAUUUUGUAUCCCCAACUAUUUUAAAAAAUUUCCCACAUAUCCAUGUUUACGAUCCUGACUGCGAGGAUUUUACACUUCACGAAGUUAAAGUGCCAUCAUCAUCGCCAACAAAAGAAUUACCAGUAUUCAUUCCAAGCUUAGAAUGCGGCAGUAUUAUGUUGGUGAUGGAGGGUGAAGGCAUCAUCGAAAAUUAUUCCGCAAAACGGAAAACACAACAAUCUUUAACAAUAAGGCGGGGUGAUGUAAUCUACAUAGAAUCACAUGCCCAACUACGUUUCGUGAAAUGCACUCGAGAUAUCCUAGCAUAUCGGACGUUUAGCUAUGAGAAAGGACCUGACCAUUUGUUUUACAACACUAAUAAAACAGCGGUAUCGGAGACGAAUCAUGUCACAGUUCAAAUGAAUGGUCGCAUCAAGCCUUUGAUUAUGGAUGAUGAUGCCGAAAUGUUCGAUAUCGAAAAUGAAAUGGAUGGAAUCUGCUAA